CUAAAUCUAACAGAAACGAAUAUAUAUUUCAUGAUGGCGAACUAGUACCUAGUGAACACAAAUUAGCACACGGAACAACUUAGCAGUAGAGAUUAUCUUCUAUAGAUACUUCACAAAAUGGCAGAAUCAAAUUGUGAGGUGCCAGGAGGAACAGAGGAAGUGGUUGAGGCACUGAAUGACCUUCCCAGUACAGAGGACCUGGAGGAUCCAUCUCUGCCUCAUCCUCCCAAACCAUUCGAAGACUUUUACCAAGGAGGGUCAGUGACUAUUACACACCCUGAUGAUAUACCAGUGAGGUGGGAUGAUCUAACGGGACUUCACAAUGCUAAACUUAUCUUGAAAGAAAAACUUAUGAUGCCGUUUAAAUUUCCACAUCUUUUUGAAGGAAGAGUUAGUAAUGAAAAAAACGUGUUACUAUAUGGGCCCCCUGGAUGUGGGAAGUCUAUGCUGAUGAAAGCCCUUGCAAAGGAAUCUUGUGCCUGCCUCAUGACUGUGAAUUCCUAUUCCAUGAUGUCGAGGAUGGUUACUGAUCGAGCACAAUUUGUGAGAGCAGUAUUUGCUUGUGCUGCUGCUAACCAUCCUUGUAUUAUACUGAUAGAGGACAUCGAGGUGUUUAUAGAAGAAGAGAACACUGAGGCUAGAGAAGUACUUUUCCAACUCAUGUCAACAAAACUAACUGCUUCUCUCCCGGUCAUAGCCAUGACAAGGUUUCCAUGGUUACUCUACAAACAAAUGGGACUUAGAAGCAGUUUUCCGACCUUAGUGUAUGUUCCUAUACCAGACAAGACAAGUCGCAAUUUACUUUUCAAAAUGCAUUUGAAUAUUCAACCUGCUGUCAGUGAAGAGGAAUUUGAAGAAUUAGCAAAAAGGACAGAAGGGUACACUGUAUCGGAUAUACUCGUUCUGGUGAGGGAUGCAGCCAUGGAACCAGUUAGGGAAAUACAACGUGCUACACAUUUUAGGCUGGAGAGACAUCAAUCUGAGGACAAACCAGACGAAAUUGUUGACAUGGAAACUGCCUGUUUGUCAUCUGAUCCCGGGGCACAGGCAAAGAGUUGGAUGGAUAUUGGUCCUGAUACCCUUUAUGUAAAACCUAUCACAAUGGACCAUCUAUGGAAGUGUUUAUCCAGGUGUAAGUCGUGUAUGAGGUCAGAUGAACUAGACCUGUACAAAAAAUUUACUGAAGAUGGCAGGUCAUAGUGUUAUACAGACAAUGAAUACAGGAUAAUUUACCACAAUAUAGCUGUAAUGUGUCUAGGCAGGUCAUUGUGUUAAAUAAAGUACAGACAAUAAAUACACGACAAUAUAUAACCUUAAUGUGUCUAGACUUGAUUUUAGAAGUGAUGUCCCUGUUGCUGUAACUCACAUUUAAAUGCCUACAAGUCAAACAGUCUUAUAACAAAACAUUCUUGACCUCAAAUGACUGAAACUUCUUUACCAUCAAAACUCUACAAACAUUAAUUUUCAAUUUUUCAUGAAUGAGAAGCUACAACAAAAUCUGAGAAUUGUAAAAAGUUAUAUAGUGACCUCUGACCUCUUAAAACAGUAAACUGUCCUGGAUUAAUCCAUUCUGCAAUGAGUAAGAUUUAGGGAAUGCAGUAAGAUAUUUUAUUGGAGAGGUCUACUCACUGUAAAUAGGAAGACUUAAAGAAUUUUGGCAGAACCUUUUCUUGAUUGAACAAUAUUUCCCUCACCACUAGACAAGAAUGGUGAUCUAAGCAAUAGAUAGGCCAUUAAGAUGUGACAGUAUGUUAAUGUGUGAUAUGCUGACUUAUAUUUCAUACCAACAAAGUCAUUAUAAUCUCCCAUGAAAUCAGAAAUCAUCAGGGGACAAAUCCUUUGGCUUACAACCUUGCUUGAUUUUGUUUUGAUUAAAAUAUUUAAUGUCGAAAUUACAUGCAUGUACUUUUGUAUUGUGAAACAUUUGAGAGAUUGUGGCCUUUCAUAAGUUAUACUGUUUUAUUGUUCGUUAUUCUAUACAAGCAUUAUGUACAUAUAUCUAUUCAUUAAGUAAUAAAUAUCACUAUUAUAUAGGUAACAAUAGCUUAUACAGUUUUAUUAUAA